GCAAUAUACAUGCACCAAUGCCAUCUUCGAAAGGAGGCCACGGAAGGAGAUCAACGCUACACACGCCACCAUUUUGUGGGCAUUGCUGCUUGUGCAGUUCAAGGAGGCGGUUGUGUGUAUUAUAAUAUUAUAAAAUUCCUUAAAUAAAUUUACACAUUCAAAACAAUGUCACGUUAUCGUGAAUGGGAUCUUUCUUGCAAAGUUUAUGUUGGUAACCUGGGAAACAGUGCUAGCAAACAUGAAAUUGAAACUGCAUUCAGUAAAUAUGGCCCACUAAGAAAUGUGUGGGUUGCACGAAACCCACCUGGAUUCGCAUUCGUAGAGUUUGAAGACUCACGAGAUGCAGAAGAUGCAGUUAGAGGGUUAGAUGGAACACGCUGCUGUGGAACCAGAGUAAGAGUAGAAAUGUCCUCAGGAAGGAGUCGACGUGGAGGUGGUGGCCGGAGACCAGGUCCAAGAUACUCCAGGUCCAGAUCUCGAAGUCCUCGAAGGAGAUCAUUGGGUCGUUAUCCAAGGUCCUGGUCAAGAAGUCCGCGCAGAUCGCCAAUAAGCCGAUAUUCCAGGUCAAGGUCCCGUAGCCCUCGCAGGAGAUCUCUGACCCGUAGCCGCAGCCGAGACCGCCGUUCUCGUUCGGAUUCCCGUGAUAGACGUUAGGUGCUAAAAGUGUUCGGAGAGAACGGACCGACAAAAUGUGCCGGAUGGAAGACAAAAACGAAACUCGAUUUUAUAUGUACAUAAACAAAAGAAAAGAAAAAUAUAAUCGUUACCACGCGUACAUACUCGGACGAAGCAAUGACGAUAAAGAGUUAAAAAGACAUUUGUAAGAGAUACGGAAAAAACGAACACGUACACACAAUGUUUAGUAUUUAAGCUGUUAACUUUGUACACGCAUCAAACUUCACGUACGUGCGUAAUAUUAAUAUUAAGACACUUUCUACACCCGCCGUGUUACGCGUACGCUUAACACACACGUACACAUACACAAAUUACACCCGACGUACACAUUAAUCACACACAGACACAAAUACACAGAUGCAAUAUACAACGCAUCCAAAAUUUUUGUGACGAGGGCUGUCGAGUGCGUUAAAUCUACGAAAUGUGCUCAUUGCUUUUAAAGUGUACGAGUGAAAAGGAACAAGAAUUCAGUUUCGAUUAAGAACGAUUAUAAUGAUAAACAACGGUGAGUGUUUUACUGACUUCAAGAUCGACUAACCGUUUAGGACAGAGAGACAUUUUGGAGUGAUAAACGUUGCCGGAGAGAGAAAAUCGUCGUUUUACGUUGUAUUAUUUUGUACUCUUACGAAUCUAAGACUUUAAAAUAAAAGUGUAUCGUAUAA